AAGAACCUCAACUACAAUUAUAUCAUACUGGGUGGUUAGGGCUUAAUUUUUUUGCUCUAGGGUACAUCUUGCUGUGUAGACAUGGUGCUCUGGAUUAUUUUCCCCAUCUCCCUCUCCCUGGUCUCCUUCCUUGGAACAUGGACUGUAUAUGGCCUGGCCUUCUCCAACAAUCACGUGUGCUCUCUCAGUGACUGGGGAAGUGACUACUACUGCAGAGGGAAUCAGUCCACCGGCUGUUGCCUUGUUCCCACUAUAAGCUCGAGUGGGUCUGGCAUACCACAAAACUCCCUGUUUACAGCCACAAUCAACGCUGGAUCCUUUCUGUUUCUGCUGUUCUCUGUAUUCCACCAUGCCCAUAUUCUGGAGAGACAUGCAUGCCAUUCCAUGCUGAGCAGGAUUGCACUUGUCUUCGGUGUGGUGGCAGCCAUGGGGGCUUUCGCUGCUGGAAACUGCAAUCCAGGCUACCUGUCACUCCUUCACUACCUGGGAGCUGCCGUCAGUUUCCUGUGCAUCUGCUUCUACACUGUUCUGCUCACUGCGCUGACCGGGAAGUGUGUGCUGACAGGAUAUGAGAAGGUCCUCUACCCGCUCCGCAUCAUCUCCACUGUGGUUCAAACCAUCGUCACCAUCUGCUAUACUGUUUUGUUUGCGCAAGACGAGUACUUUUACGUCCACUUGUCUGCUAUAUUUGAGUGGAUGCUCAGUGUCAACCUGGAGCUGUUCGAGCUCAGCUUCGCCGUGGAGUUUUGCUUCUUCUCGUCCUUCAUGCUCUCAAACCUGCUGAGCAAACGGGACGAGGAAAAGCCCCUGAUGAUGACGAUGUCCUGAUACGAGGCUGCCAGGGUCCAGCUGACGCACGUUAGCAGUGAGGAUGGACUGAGUGAGACAUCUGUAAAGACAGUAGCUGGAUCGUGGCUGAGGGACCAAUAAUUUAUUUUCACCUCUUCGCGGGGAAGGAUUUAUAUCCAUUUGUGGAUUAUGACUGCUUUUAUUCCACCCUCUUGCUAAUUUUGCCUAAAAUGUUAUGAUCUUCUUUACUGCGCAUUUUCUGUAAAAAAAAAAAGGUAAAACGCUCCUUAUUUAUUGAAACCAAUGAGCUUGUACAGCACAUGAACAAACACAUUGGACGUAUUAUACUUUUGUGCAAACUAUGUUGCUGCUUGGCCAACGGAACAAUUAACCCGAGGGUUCAUACUCUAAAACUCUUUGUUUGUGAACAAUGAACGCCUCAUUAGAUGCACUAAUAUCUCACUGAUGUUAAUUUAACAUUAAGGUUCCUUAGUGGAUGUAACUGCUUAAUAAAAUCAUGACCACUGUA